ACUGCCUUCGAAGCUGGUGGCAUCCUCGAACGCAGGGUCCAGAGGUGGCGGCACGUGGACCCUGAAAAAUGCUGGAAUAACUUCUUCCGCCACAUGUCCAACUCAUGGAAAUCAAUCUGCGACAAUUAGUCCAGGAGUCCACGGCUCGGCCACGCACCACGUCAGGUGGGAAAGCAGCGCGGAUCGCAUGCAGACCCAAACCAUGGCCAGGACUCUCAACAAGAGUGUCGCUGGGUUCGCUGAGAGGUCGGUGAUCCGGCAACCAGCUCAGCCAAUGUCGCGAAUUGUUCCACCCCGUGAAGUCCGGACUACUACCCCAAACGUUCAUCCGGCUCAUCUGCGGCCCGAGAUAUCGCCUUAUAACGAUCCCGUGGAACAUUGGAUAAACCAGAAGUUGAAGAACCUGGAGAAACGAGACCGAAGUUGCCUCCGGGAACAGCCGUAUCACGCCUCCACUCACAGCAAUGAACAAUUCCAGCCUGUGGCAGUCGAGGCCGAACAUGACGCGCGAAACGAUCGACCCUCGCUUCCUACGAUUCAAACGCUCUGCAAAGACAUCCGCUCGAACCAGCCGGGUGCAAUGGGUCAAGGAGAUCGAGUUACCGAGCGAUGUUUCUACAGGUCUCCAGCGGUGAAAACGGAUCUUCGAACGACGAGGGUCGUCCUAUCAACCGGAACCCGGACGUCGGAAAGAAAUAUCCGACGUUCAAGACCCCUGACUGCUAGCACCGAAAGCCACAACCCCUCGCUGACAAAGGCUGAAUCUAAACACGGGGUGACCAGAACUUCUAACAAAUGCGAAGAAGCGUGCAGCAUCGAGCAGAUCGGCGCGGCGGUUCGAUCGGCGAUCAGCGCCCAUGAAAGACGAUCGGCAAGAGUGUCGUCGCCCUGCAAGGGAGCUGCGCCCUCUCGACGAAGCCUCGGCGUCUCGAAUUCCAGGACUCCGAUGUCCGACCGACUGCAGGAGCGUCUGCGAAACGUGCAGCGAGAAGCGCCGGCUUUUCACUGCCAUUUCAAAGAAAAUUAA